GAUAUCAUUGAAUUUUGAUGGCACUGAUCAAUAUCAAUUUGUUACUCGGUUUAAUUAUGCAUGUCGUAAGCCGCGAUGUAGUUCGUUGUCCGAUUGAGCUUUGUAAAUGUACAAAAUUUGCAGCCAUCUGCUCUGGAAAAAAUCUUAUUUAUAUUCCACGUUUUCCGGUAAACGUUAGAACAAUUACUUUUCUUAAUGGAAAUAUUAGAACACUAUCAAGGGAAAGUAUUAAAAACCUGACUUUCAAUGAUAUCCUCAAGCUUAAUUUUACGAACAACGCUGUAGUUAGACUUGAACCUGAAACAUUUUCUAAUUUCACGACAAUAGUGGCAUUGACCAUCUCAUCGGAACCAUCAUUACUAGCAACAGAUGUAAUGUAUGCAUUGAACAAUAUGAAAACAGCACAUUUAAAGUCACUCACUCUAACAGGCAACGAAUGGUCAUUUCUUCCAAACGACAUGUUUAAGGCAAUAAAAACGAAUAAAAUUCGAAAUAUUAACCUUAACAGAAAUAAUUUUCAACUGUUGAAUUUCUCAUGGUUUUCAAAUAUGUCUCAUUUGCUAAAUCUCAGAGUCAGUUUCAAUAAAAUUUCAACAAUUAUACAAGACAGUAUUUUCAGCCUGAGAAAACUUUUUCUACAAAGCAAUGAAAUAACAAAACUUCCAAAGUUUUGUAUAAAUAAUGGUAAUAAGAGUGCACUUCCAAAUUUAAGACAUUUAUCCCUUAUCAAUAACAGAAUUGGAAAUAUUGGACAAUUUCGAUGUUUUCCGAGGCUCAAAACAUUGAAAAUUGGUGACAAUUGGAUCGGUAUAAUUAAAAACAAUACUUUUACAGAGUUAAAAGAAUUAACUGAUCUCAGUUUACAAGUUAUAGGAAAACCAUUGAAAAAAAUUGAAGAUGGAGCUUUUAAUAUUCCGUCAUUACAAAGGUUAUCACUCCGAGAUUGUCAUUUCCGUUUUGAACGUCUAUCACCGUCGGCGCAAAGUAGUAUGCUGUCAAGCUGCCGUGAUUUAGGAUUCCUUGAUCUUUGCGGGAAUUAUUUAAAUUCAACUAUUUUGCCUAGGAUAAUAUCACAAUUGAAACAGUUAAGAUAUCUUAAUUUGGAAAACACUAGGCUUAGCUUUUUGCCUGAAGGCGUAUUUCCAGAACUGCCAGUUAUACAAACGCUUAUCAUGACAAUGAAUCAAAUAUAUGGAUGGGACAGAGACGUGUUUGCUCGCGUGACAAGUCUACAAUAUCUAGAUUUACGCCAUAAUUUAAUAAAGAUAGUAAAUGAGUCAUCUUUUCCAACUGCGUUACUUGCAAAUUUGAAAAAGAUAGGUUUAGCAAAAAAUCAAUUUGCUUGUACUUGUGAACAGAUAUGGUUUGUCAGUUGGUUACGGCAGACACAUGUAACGCUUUUAGAAUAUCCAAAACGUUAUUAUUGUACUACACCAGACAAUUAUAUUGGCAUUUUGUUAAAAGAUUACAAACCUUCCGUUUUAUCGUGCAACCCAAUAUUUUCGAUUGUGAUUUCAAUUUCUGCAUUAAUUUGCCUUUGAAUAUCGACAAUGAUCAUUUUUCUAAAAUGUAAUACAAAUAUUAAGAACUUUUUAUACCUUCUCAAAGUUAAACAGUUUAGACGACAGGGUUAUCUUCCUAUCGUGAAUAGCGAUGAUUAUGAAUAUCACGCGUUUGUUGUUUAUUGUGAUGAAAACAGAAUGUGGGUUCAUGACGAGUUCGUCAAAAAACUUGAAACUGAGGAGGGAUUUAAGUUCUGUGUUUAUCACAGAGACUUUGAGGUUGGAAAACCAAUCAGUGUCAACAUUGAUCAAUACUUAAAAAAAUCAUGGAAGGUUGUUGUUAUAAUAUCAAAUGCAUUUGCUAAAAGCGAAUGGUGUCAGUGGGAAGUCGAUAUAAUUCAGGAGAGAAGACGUCGACAAGGCAGAAAUGCACUUCUCUUAGUAAUGCUUGAAAAUCUCACCUCGAAAAAUAUGACAAGUCCUCUCCGUACUUUACUAGACAGUACCCCGCAUCUGAGGUACAAAAAAGGAAUAGGUGAAAACUUAUUUUGGAACGCAGUAAUUAAAGAUCUUCGAAAAGCCGUUGGACAACCUCCGAUUUCUGAACUAUAGAUAUAAGUUGUUAUUGAUCUGUUGGUCAGUUUCAAUAUGUGCCAAUGUCUGUUUAGCGUUGAUAUCUGUUUUUUCAAUUAAGCUUACCUCAUGUACUACUUGCGUUGUGUCCAAGUAAUGGGAACUUUUAUUAUUUAUCAACAUUAAUAUAUAAUCAUUCUGUAAUUUUUACUUGUACAAUUUUUGUUUCAACGUCUGUAAUUAA